AUGCGACCUGUGUGCUCAGAAGAAGGCCAUGACAAGGACCGGGACAGGAGGAGGCCAGAAGUGAACAAUGUGAUAAAAACUGAGGCCAAAACUGACUGCAUGAGGAACGUGGCUAAAGGAGAAUGUCCACGAAGACAGACCGCCGCUCGUCCCCAAGGUCCCGCUGGCCGACGAGGGGACCCCGAGGUCACCCGGGCACGGGGUCACUCGGCCACGCACUGUGCUACCACGUGGGGGAAAAAGUUUCCAAUUCCGCCUGUUGGGCCUCCCAGCGCGCCCGGGCAGAGCAGAGGCCCGCGCUCGGGCACCCGCUCCCUUUUCCGUCGCCUCAAGUCGCAACCCAUCCCCGAGAAGCCCCCACCCUUCAAGCGUCCCUUCUCCGACUUUCUUCCUUUCCUGGCUGCUCGGGUCACCCAGGAGAAAAGGCCCGUGGGGCUCCGGAACGGUCUGGGCGCCCCAGGAGAGCCGGAGACUGGGUUAAGAUCCGGCAAGGAAGACAAUGGGAAGCCCCCGUCCUCCGCCCCGUCCCGGCCCAGACCCCCGCGGAGGAAGCGGAGAGAGUCCACCUCGGCCGAAGAGGACAUCAUUGAUGGAUUUGCCAUGACCAGCUUUGUCACUUUUGAAGCGCUGGAGAAAGAUGUAGCACUUAAGCCUCAGGAACGUGUGGAGAAAGGCCAGACUCCCCUGAGUAAGAAGAAACGAGAAGCACUUACCAAUGGCUUGUCUUUUCAUUCAAAGAAGAGCAGGCUGAGCCAUCCACACCACUACAGUUCAGAUCGAGAAAAUGACCGCAAUCUCUGCCAGCACCUUGGAAAGAGAAAGAAAAUGCCGAAGGGACUCAGACAGCUCAAGCCAGGGCAGAACAGCUGCAGGGAGAGUGACAGUGAAAGUGCCAGCGCAGAAUCCAAGGGCUUCCCCCGGAGCAGCUCCCGUGAACGGCUCAGUGAUAGUUCAGCUCCUUCCAGCUUGGGAACAGGCUACUUCUGUGACAGUGACAGUGACCAGGAAGAAAAGGCAUCAGAUGCCAGCUCUGAAAAACUCUUCAACACUGUGAUUGUAAACAAAGAUCCGGAAUUAGGUGUUGGCACGCUGCCCGAACAUGACAACCAGGAUGCAGGGCCGAUUGUCCCCAAGAUAUCGGGUCUAGAGAGGAGCCAGGAGAAGAGCCAGGACUGUUGCAAAGAGCCUAUCUUUGAGCCCGUGGUGCUUAAAGACCCCUGUCCUCAGAUCCCACAGCCGCUACUCCAGCCCCCGGUGGAGCCCCAGCUCCGAGCUCCUUCUCCGGACCCUGACUUGGUGCAGCGCUCAGAGGCCCCAGCCCAGCCACCCCCUCCGAGUACUCAGCCACCACAGGGCCCCCCAGAGGCCCAGCUGCAGCCUGCCCCGCAGCCUCAGGUGCAGCGACCACCCCGGCCACAGUCCCCCACCCAGCUGCUUCACCAGGGCCUCCCAUCUGUGCAGGCCCACCCCUCGUCCCAGAGCCUCUCCCAGCCACUGUCCACCUACAACAGCAGCAGCCUGAGCCUCAACAGUCUCAGCAGUAGCAGAAGCAGCACUCCAGCGAAGACUCAACCCGCUCCUCCACACAUCUCCCACCACCCUUCUGCCUCCCCAUUCCCCCUCUCUCUGCCCAAUCACAGCCCCCUGCACAGCUUCACACCCACCCUCCAGCCCCCCGCACACUCACAUCACCCCAAUAUGUUUGCCCCUCCCACUGCUCUGCCUCCUCCACCACCACUGACGUCAGGGAGUCUGCAGGUCCCCGGACACCCUGCCGGGAGCACUUACUCAGAGCAAGACAUCUUGCGCCAGGAACUGAACACACGUUUUUUGGCCUCUCAGAGUGCUGACCGUGGGGCUUCCCUGGGCCCUCCGCCCUACCUGCGGACCGAGUUCCACCAGCACCAGCACCAGCACCAGCACACGCACCAGCACACGCACCAGCACACCUUCACGCCAUUUCCCCACGCCAUCCCGCCCACUGCCAUCAUGCCGACGCCAGCACCUCCCAUGUUUGACAAAUACCCUACAAAAGUUGACCCAUUCUACCGGCACAGUCUCUUCCAUUCCUAUCCUCCUGCAGUAUCGGGCAUCCCCCCCAUGAUCCCACCCACUGGCCCUUUUGGUUCACUACAAGGAGCAUUUCAGCCCAAGACAUCCAACCCAAUCGAUGUCGCUGCUCGGCCUGGGACAGUCCCACACACUUUACUCCAAAAGGACCCGAGGUUGACAGAUCCUUUCAGACCUAUGUUAAGGAAACCAGGGAAGUGGUGUGCUAUGCAUGUUCACAUUGCCUGGCAGAUUUACCACCAUCAGCAGAAAGUCAAGAAACAGAUGCAGUCAGACCCACAUAAGUUGGACUUUGGACUGAAACCUGAGUUCCUGAGCCGCCCGCCAGGCCCCAGUCUCUUCGGAGCCAUCCACCACCCCCAUGACCUGGCCCGGCCUUCAACUUUGUUCUCUGCCGCUGGUGCUGCACAUCCAACCGGAACCCCCUUUGGGCCACCUCCUCAUCACAGCAACUUCCUCAACCCUGCUGCCCACCUAGAACCUUUUAAUCGGCCGUCUACAUUCACAGGCCUCGCUGCAGUCGGUGGCAACGCCUUUGGGGGACUUGGGAACCCUUCAGUUACACCCAACUCAAUGUUCGGCCACAAGGAUGGCCCCAGUGUGCAGAGCUUUAGCAACCCUCACGAACCCUGGAACCGGCUGCACCGAACGCCUCCGUCGUUCCCGACCCCUCCGCCCUGGCUGAAGCCAGGGGAGCUGGAGCGCAGCGCGUCCGCUGCAGCUCAUGACAGAGAUAGAGAUGUAGAUAAACGAGACUCAUCCGUUAGUAAAGAUGACAAAGAAAGGGAAAGCGUGGAGAAGAGACACUCCAGCCAUCCUUCACCAGCACCUGUCCUCCCGGUGGGCGCCCUGGGGCAUAACCGCAGCUCUACCGAACAGAUCAGGGGUCAUUUGAACACCGAGGCUCGCGAAAAAGACAAACCCAAAGAGAGGGAGCGAGAGCACUCGGAAUCCCGCAAGGACCUGGCCGUGGAGGAGCACAAGGCGAAGGAGGGCCACGCGCCCGAGAAGGACGCGCACAGCCAUGAGGCGCGCGCCCUGGGCGAUGAGGCCAAGAAAGCUGAGCAGCAGACCUUGCAGGAAGCAGGUAAUCAACAGAAAGUGAGGCCCCAGGAAGGUCAGUGGACAGCGACCCAAAAUGACUCUAUGCUAUUCCUCACCUAUAUAACGGAUAACCAGAUGAAGUCAAAACCAGGGACCGGCCUGCUGGCGCCGGGUCUCCCCAGCAUGCACUACCCCAGGAUCAGCCCCACUGCCGGCCACCAGAACGGGCUGCUCAAUAAGACCCCACCCACGGCGGCCCUGAGCGCGCCCCCGCCGCUCAUCUCCACUCUGGGGGGCCGCCCGGGGUCCCCACGCAGGACUACCCCGCUGUCCGCGGAGAUCCGGGAGAGGCCCCCCUCACACACGCUCAAGGACAUCGAAGCCCGGUGAAGGGGACAGGAAAGCCUGGAUGUGGGGCGAGGAAGCGAGCGACUGGGCGGAACCCCGCCUCCCCAAGACUGCGGGUGAACAGCCCCACUUCCGCCCCUGUACAGUGUACAGACUCCGCGCAGAUUUUGAAAUGUUUUUGUAUAUUAUACGUUGAAAUUUUUCAGAUCCUUUAGCCAACUCGUAUGUCCUCAUGUCUCUUUUUUGUUCCUUCUAUAAAACUUUUUGAUUUGAACCGAAACAGUGAAGAGGACAACACACACCAGUCGGAUGACAUUUGGGGGGUGGGGGCACCCACACGAUCUGUAGCGCAGAGCUCGUUCAGAUGGGAAGGGAAGGCCGUGUGUACAUAGCGUGUAAAAAAGAUUGCUUCAUGAGCUGAUGGUUCAUAUAUGCAAAAGGGUAAGAUGAAAGCUUUACUUUGUACAAAUGUAAAUAGAUAAAGAUUAAGUAACAUAAUACAUUAAUACUUCUUAAAAUGUGCUAUUAGCAAACCUGGUAUCAGUGAGCACAGUCCGCUAAGGCCGUGUUCCCGUAUAUUGUUAUAGACAGCUGAACCCUUCAACUAUGCAAUGAAUGUUAGGGCUUUUCACAAAAGCCCGCCUAACUCAAAGGAGCCUUUUCAGAUCCAUUUACAACAUACUUAAGGUCAUAUUUUCCCUAAACAAGCGCUUACGUGAUACGACUCUGUUUUCCUUGCUUGUGUUUUUUGUUUGUUUUUGUUUUUGUUUCAAAUAGAGAAACACCAUACUUUGCAGCUCGGACCCCAGGCUGGAACUUUGCAUCUGAAGUUGCUGCUUGUGGGCUUGGGGUGGUGGGGGGGUGCCCCCUGGGAAGGUAACAGGACAGGAGCACCCAGUGCCGGGCAGGAUGGGGCUUGUCAGAUGCCAAAAGCAGGGGGCGGUGGUGGUACAGGUCAGGAGCAGACCGCAGAAUCGCCUCACCGCCAGUCACCUGAUGUCACACACCCCCCUCAUGCGGGAACCAUUCCUUUUUCUGUGUCCUAGUUCAUAUCUGUACACACUUUCUCAUUUUGUAAUACGAGUUCAUGACACCCAAACAGAUCCUGAAAGAAAGCUUCACGUUUUCUCAGAUGAUGGAUAUGUUUUCACUGUAAUCGCUAACUGGCGAAUUUAAGGGGUACAUUUCCCAGUGUGACUCGCUGUAAUCCAGUUAGUCCGUAGUAGACUUUAUUUCUGGGAAUUGCUGAGACAGGUCAGCCUAGUGCAGCCAUGGAGAAUUACAGAGGGCGAAAGGUGGCCGAGAAAAAGUCUUGUAUGUGUGUGUGUUUUUGAGUUUGCAUCAAUCUUAAUGUCUCUUCAUAAUACUUUUAUAAUACAUUAAGCCUCUUGUCUACAUAUUUGGAGAGAAUAUGACUUUACUAGCAGAGAAAUACAAUAUAUCUUGUCUACUGGACUGUAAAAUACAUGUAUGAAAUAAAAUUAGUUCCAUUUGGUCUUCUAGUAUAUUAAAGUGCUAUCUGACGUUGUUAUCCUGUUUUUGCAAAAAAAAAAAAAAAAAGUUAACUACAGACCAUUGUUUCUAAUGAGCAGAGAGAUCUAUUUUAGUAGUAAACUGAAGGUUUAGUUGUGAGCUUCAGAUUUUGUGAACACCAGAUGUUGUGCAGUGUUUUUUUUUUUUUUUUAAGAC